CCCAUAAUAAAAACAUCUCAUAUCCCAAUUACUAGCAUUUUCAUCCAACCCCUCUUCGCCCCCUCUCUCUAUUGUCUUCUUCAAUUCCUCCCUCCAUAGAAAUGGCCCAACUCAAUUUCUGACAAAAACAAACCCUAAUCAAGAAGAUCACAGAAAAAUGCAGCCAUGGCCAUGACUUGUUAUCCGAUCCCAUUAAUUCCUCCUAAUUCCAUUGCCUUUGUAUUUAAUUUCUUGGCCCUCUUCUUACUCCUCACUUCUGCACACUCAUUCAUUCAUAAAGGGCCUACAAACGCCAUUAGGGAAGGAGCGGUGGCAGCCGAGAAAACGCGGCUCGGCUCGACGCCGCCGAGCUGUCAUAACAAGUGCAAUGAGUGCGAUCCAUGCAUGGCUGUGCAAGUCCCGACGCUGCCCGGCCGCGACGGAGUUCGGCGGAGCUCCGCCGGGCCGGAAAAGACGAUGGCGGAUUUGGAGUCCUCCGCCACCCAAUGGGCGGCGGCCGGAAACAGGUACUCCAACUACAAGCCUCUUGGGUGGAAAUGCAGAUGCGGAAGCCGUUUCUAUAAUCCCUGAUUUUAAAAUUCAUGAUUUAAUCUAAUUUAAUAUUUUUUUAAUAAUUAUUAUGAUAUAUAUAUAUAUAGAUGAUAAAUAAAUAAAUGAUUGGAGGGCCCCUGAGACGACACAGAACAUAUUAUUAAAUGCGAAAUUGUAGAGAUUGUACAGAUGUGUGUUAAUAUAAUAAAUUGUAGUUAUUAUUAUUAUUAAUUGUUGUUGCCAAUAAUUAAAUUAAAAUAUACUUAUCAAUUAAUAAUUCAUAAAUUAUGAUGGGUAUGAGCAUUUGGUU